AUGAUGAAGAUGCAAAUUGGUUUCGUGGCGUUUUUGGUGGUAGCUUCUCUCUUUGAAUUUGGAUUGGCUUCUCCAAAUACCGUUCCUGCUUUCCUCUGGUCUCCGCAUCUCCAGUCUGCUAAUGGUGAAUUAGAUGAGGCUGUGAAUUAUCAGGUGAUGUCUGCAAAGGAUCUUGUGGAUUCUGUUUUCACUCAAGGAGGCUGGUCAAACUUUCUGUGCUCUGAGAAGAAAGUUGAGCAACCUGUUGAUGUUGCACUUGUGUUCAUCGGCAGAGAGUUACUGUCUUCUGAUGUUUCUUCGAGAAGGAACUCGGACCCUGCCCUUGUUAACACUUUGAAUAAUCUAUUUACAGCUUCCAACUUCUCAUUGGCAUUCCCAUAUAUUGCUGCGCCAGAGGAAGAAAGGAUGGAGAAUUUGUUGCUUUCAGGGCUUAAAGAAGCUUGCCCUCACAAUGUAGGAGUCAGCAAUAUCGUCUUCUCUGAUUCUUGCUUUGUUGAAGAUGGAACAAUUCAGAAACUAUCAGACUUGCAGGCUUUCAAAGAUCAUUUGCUUGCUAGAAGAGAAACAAGGAAAGAAGGAGAAACCGACUUGGUUGUGCUCUGUUCCGAGGGUUCUGAAUCAAAUAGCAAAUCUGGCCAGUCACACUCAGAACGUGAAAGCAUCUCCAAACUCGUUAGUUCCGUAGAGCAAUCUGGCAGUAAAUAUACAGCUCUAUAUGUGUCUGAUCCUUAUUGGUACACAUCUUACAAAACUCUCCAAAGGUUUCUAGCUGAAAGUGCUACAGGAAACACCACUCUUAAUGCUACUACAACCUGUGAUGAACUCUGCAAAUUUAAGGCAUCACUUUUGGAGGGCAUACUAGUGGGAAUCGUCUUCCUUAUUAUCUUGAUAAGUGGACUUUGUUGUAUGGCGGGUAUCGAUACCCCGACGAGAUUCGAGACUCCGCAAGAUUCUUAA